ACUUCGCGGUGACACGGGCCUAAGGGCGCCCGCGGCCGCCGCUGCGAGCCGGGCGUGUGGCGACGAGCGUCGCGGGCAGUCCGGGAACUCUGUUGGAAGGAAAAAAAAAAUGUCCUUCUUCAAUUUCCGUAAGAUCUUCAAGUUGGGCAGCGAGAAGAAGAAGAAGCAGUACGAACAUGUGAAGAGGGAUCUGAACCCCGAAGAGUUUUGGGAGAUUAUAGGAGAAUUGGGGGACGGAGCCUUUGGGAAAGUGUACAAGGCCCAGAAUAAAGAAACCAAUGUUUUAGCUGCUGCCAAGGUGAUUGACACUAAAUCUGAAGAAGAGCUUGAAGAUUAUAUGGUUGAGAUUGAUAUAUUAGCAUCUUGUGAUCACCCAAACAUAGUCAAGCUUCUAGAUGCCUUUUACUAUGAGAACAACCUUUGGAUCCUCAUUGAAUUUUGUGCAGGUGGAGCAGUAGAUGCUGUGAUGCUUGAACUUGAGAGACCACUAACUGAGUCCCAAAUACAAGUAGUUUGCAAGCAGACUUUAGAGGCAUUGAAUUACUUACAUGAUAAUAAAAUCAUCCACAGAGACCUAAAAGCUGGAAAUAUUCUUUUUACCUUAGAUGGAGAUAUUAAAUUGGCGGAUUUUGGAGUAUCAGCUAAAAACACCAGGACAAUUCAAAGAAGGGAUUCCUUUAUUGGCACACCAUAUUGGAUGGCUCCUGAAGUAGUCAUGUGUGAGACGUCAAAGGACAGACCCUAUGACUAUAAAGCUGAUGUUUGGUCACUGGGUAUCACUUUAAUAGAAAUGGCUGAGAUAGAACCACCACAUCAUGAGUUAAAUCCAAUGCGUGUGCUGCUAAAAAUAGCAAAGUCUGAGCCCCCAACAUUAGCACAGCCAUCAAAGUGGUCUCCAAAUUUUAAGGACUUUCUAAAGAAAUGCCUGGAAAAGAAUGUGGAUGCCAGGUGGACCACAUCUCAACUACUGCAGCAUCCCUUUGUUACUGUUGAUUCCAACAAACCAAUCCGAGAAUUGAUUGCUGAGGCAAAGGCUGAAGUAACAGAAGAAGUUGAAGAUGGAAAAGAGGAAGAUGAUGAUGAUGAAACAGAAAAUUCCCUGCCAAUACCUGCAAGUAAGCGUGCCUCCUCUGACCUCAGUAUUGCCAGCUCUGAAGAAGAUAAACUCUCACAAAAUGCUUGUAUUUUGGAAUCUGUAUCAGAAAAAACAGAAAGCAAUUCUUUGGGAGAUAAAUUUAGCAGCAAAGUUCUUGAUGAAAAACUCACCACAGAUGAACCUGAAAAGUCUGUGAAGGGUGGUCCUGAACAGGCCAAUGGUGCUAACUUAGACACUGCUGGAAUGUAUGAGCAUGAAAGAGAGAAAAAGAGACCCAAGCUUGAAAAUCUAUCUGACACAGAAGACCAGCAAACUGUGGACAUUAAUUCAAUCAGUGAAAGAAAUAAGAAUAAUAUAAUAACUUUAGAAACAAAUCUGAAACCUGAGGAAGAAAGGAAUAAAGAAAACCAGGUAGUAUUUGAGAAUAAACUUAUACAACCUGAAGAAAUUAAAGAUAUUAGUAUUCAAACAAUGGAAUUGGUUUCUGAAGAGACUGGAGAAAAAGAGACAGAUAUUCAAGCAAUUGACAAUGAAGUUGAGCUUACAAAGGAAGGGACCAAAGAAAAAUUGGAAAAAGAUGAUGAAACUCAAAAGGAUGUCAUCAGUGAUAUAGGCAAUGUGGAAGGAACAAGUGAGGCAACUGAUACUGCUCAGAAGGCGGUAGAGAACAGUUCUGAGGAAGCUCAAAGUAAACAUGAGGAAGAAGUGGUUGAAGUAACUCAGAAAUUGAUAAUAAAUAAGCCCAAGGAGGGUCCCAAGGGUGGUGGCACUGAGGAAGGGCCUCUUGUUAAGGAGGUACUUGAGACUAAAGAGAUUGAUCAAAACUCUGUGGAAGGUGAAAAUGAGGAUCAACUAGUCAGCACUUCAGAGACCAUAGUAGAGACCAGUAAGGAGCCUGGGACAAAUGAAGUUGCAGUAACUGAGCCAAGCGGCAAAGAGGAGAUAGAAGUCAGAAGUACAGUGAUUGACACUGAUCACAGGGCUGGAGGAAGUGAAACUCAGGAUGUUCAGGAAACUACCACUAAAAUAGAUAUAGAGGAUAAAGAAAUUCCACUUGAAGUGCCAAGUAAAGCAGAACCUCAAGUUCCUGUAGCCUCACAGCCCAGUGAGCCUCAGCCUGUUCCAAUACCCAGUAUUAAUGUCAACUCUGAAGAUAGAGAAAGUAAAGGUGAAGUGGAUACUUUAUCAAAAGCUGAAACCAUACUGCUACCAGAAUCUGAAAGUCAAAAAGAAAAUGAUACUGACUCAGGCACUGGUUCCACUGUAGAUAACAGCAGCAUUGACUUGAACUUGUCUAUCUCCAGCUUCUUAAGUAAAACGAAAGACAGUGGAUCCAUAUCUUUGCAAGAAACAAGAAGACAGAAGAAAACACUGAAGAAAACACGCAAAUUUAUUGUUGAUGGUGUAGAAGUGAGUGUAACAACAUCAAAGAUAGUUACAGAUAGUGAUUCCAAAACUGAGGAAUUGAGGUUUCUCAGACGUCAGGAACUUCGAGAAUUAAGAUUUCUUCAAAAAGAAGAGCAAAGAGCCCAACAACAGCUCAAUAGCAAACUACAGCAACAAAGAGAACAAAUUUUCAGGCGCUUUGAACAAGAAAUGAUGAGUAAGAAGCGACAGUAUGACCAAGAAAUUGAGAAUCUUGAGAAGCAGCAGAAGCAGACAAUUGAACGACUGGAGCAAGAACACACGAACCGUUUGCGAGAUGAAGCCAAACGCAUCAAAGGAGAACAAGAGAAAGAGCUGUCCAAGUUUCAGAAUAUGCUGAAGAACAAAAAGAAAGAGGUUAUAAAUGAAGUGGAGAAAGCACCCAAAGAGCUGAGAAAAGAGCUCAUGAAGCGCAGGAAAGAGGAGCUUGCACAAAGCCAGCAUGCUCAGGAACAAGAAUUUGUUCAGAAGCAACAACAAGAAUUAGAUGGUUCUUUGAAAAAGAUCAUCCAACAACAGAAAGCAGAGUUGGCCAAUAUUGAAAGAGAGUGUCUAAAUAACAAACAGCAGCUCAUGAGAGCACGAGAAGCUGCAAUUUGGGAGCUGGAAGAACGACACUUACAAGAAAAACACCAGCUGCUUAAACAGCAACUUAAAGAUCAGUAUUUCAUGCAACGACAUCAGCUUCUUAAACGUCAUGAGAAGGAAACAGAACAAAUGCAGCGUUACAAUCAACGACUUAUUGAGGAAUUAAAAAACAGACAGACUCAAGAAAGAGCAAGGCUACCCAAGAUUCAGCGCAGUGAAGCCAAGACUCGAAUGGCUAUGUUUAAGAAAAGUUUGAGGAUUAACUCAACAGCCACACCAGAUCAGGACCGUGACAAAAUUAAACAGUUUGCUGCACAAGAAGAAAAAAGGCAGAAAAAUGAGAGAAUGGCUCAGCAUCAAAAGCAUGAAAACCAAAUGCGGGAUCUUCAGUUGCAGUGUGAAGCCAAUGUCCGAGAACUGCACCAGCUGCAGAAUGAGAAAUGCCAUCUGUUGGUUGAGCAUGAGACUCAGAAACUGAAGGAGCUAGAUGAAGAACAUAGCCAAGAACUGAAGGAGUGGAGAGAGAAACUGAGACCUAGGAAAAAGACACUGGAAGAAGAGUUUGCCAGGAAACUACAGGAACAGGAAGUGUUCUUUAAAAUGACUGGGGAGUCGGAAUGCCUUAACCCGUCAACACAGAGCCGGAUUUCCAAAUUCUAUCCUAUUCCCAGCUUGCAUUCCACUGGAUCCUAACACUCGGAAGCAUUCUGUGGUCAGCUUUGGCUUUUAAAAUAUGUUGUUCUGUUCUCUUCAUCUUCUGCCACAAUAUAUAUUGCUCACAAAGACAAUCGCCUGUUUCAUCUUCUAGGUGUUUUUUUUUUGUGGGGGGAGUGUGGAUUUUUUUUUGUUGUUGUGGUUAAGUGAAGAUGAAAGGAAAAUGAACUGAGACAGUCAUCUAUGUUGGCAUCUUGCAAGAAUUCCCUAAGGUGAUCUUGUAUAUUAACCUUAAAUAUUGUAUACUUUAGACACUGUUGCUGGAAAACCUGUUAGAGAAAUGGUUAAUUUUAAAAGAACUGUUACAUCACUAAGUAUUAAUAAAUAUCUUUCUAGCAGACUUAGCUUUUCAAUGAUGCCUAAAUUCUAUAGUUGGAAUUCUUCUGUACAGAGUGGGAAUAAUUUUCUUUUGGUGAAUCAAGCUUUCACAAAAAACAAUGAGUUGCUGAAAAAUGUGCUACUGAUUCAGUAAAUACAUAUAUUUUAUUGUAAAUGGGAACACAGUCUUUUUAAGGAGAAAAAUUAUUGCAGUAACUUGUCAUAAUCAUCUGCCUAUUUAGGCAGUAGCUAAUAAUGAAGGUGCUAUGUUUAUUAAGAUAGUGCCUAAACACCAAAUUUUGAUGACACGUAACACAGAACUUUCUUUUUGAUCAACAGGGACAAACACUUUUAACAUUAAGUAUUACUUUUUUUAAAAAAACUCUUGUUCCUUUACUGUGUAAUAGAAAAUUUCAUUCUAAAACAUAUAUUGUACAAAGCUUGGGAAGAUGAAGAAAACUAGCUUUUCAAUGUGCAAAUUGGACAUAUAAGACUGAGCACAUUGUAGGUCAUAUCCAGUCAGUUAUCCAGUCAGUUCUCCCAGAUAGUUCCUCAAAUCAUACAUGAGCCUCUCUAUACCUUAGCAACUUCUGUUCAUUUAUAAAAACCCUUAAUGGCCAUUAUGCUCUGAGGCACAUUUAUAAAUAUAUUUUCUGAAAUUAAUCUUAACAAAAGACAUUUGUUCAAAGUAUUUUUUUAACAGAGGUCUUAAAAAUUUAAUAUUAAGCACAUAUCAAAAAUGACUUGUUUUGAAAUGAGGUUGUUGUACAUUUUGUUUUCAUUCUAUUUCUUGCUUAAAUUAUUUACUUUCAGUGGUAAAAGCCUAAGUCUUUAUCAUGUGGUUUUUGACAUGUGUAACUAUUAAUGAAAUGUUCACUCUUAGUCCCUUUCAGUGCUUAGAAUUUCAGCCUUGUGUCAGGUCACACAGUAUUAGAAACAGCCCUCUGGUGGGGCACAGUACACCUGUGAGUGAUAGGCUGCCUGCCACUUACACCCUCCCUCUCAGAGUGUGGGCACCGAAGUGUACAUGCUUCAGCUUUUAGUUAUAUCUUGAGACUGGCGAAAAACUUAAAUGUAAUAUUGUGGGAACAUCAUAUUAAAAAUGUAAAUGCCUGUAGCACUUUCUUGGAGUUAAUUUGAAAACUUUGGAUGCUGAACUUGAUCUGUGGUUUAGAUGAUUUAAAAGUGCAUGUGUAAUUUUAAUUUUAUAAUUGUUUUGACAAGCAUUAUUUACCUGGACAACUUUGUAGUUAGCCUUAACUUUUGGCCAAGUUUGUUUUUUAUAUAAAUAUAAAUAUAUAUAUAUAUAUAUAUACACAUACAUCUAUAUUAUGUAUUGUAAAUUGAUACACUUAUUAAUGUGUUACUGUAUACAAAACUCUUAAUGCUUUAUUCUCAAAUGCUGGGUUGAAAACUGUUUUUGAAAGCCUUUAAAAAUAUAUAUCUUUAUAAAGUAAUAUUCAGGAUAAUGAUGGAAAUUGUUUAUAUUGUUAUGAUAAAAAUGAUGGUAUAAUAUUUCCCGGUGUAUUUAAUGGCUUAUAUGAAGAGGGAAAGGGGAAGACACACUAAUCCCUUUGAAGUUUUCAGCUUAUUGGCCUUUUUAACAUGAAUAUCUCCAGUCAGUGGACAUUUUUUCUCAAUAUCAUUUAAAUAAUUUUAGAGAUAAUUUGGUUUGUGUAUUUGAUCUUCCUGUCCCUUUCACCUUAACAUCCAGAGAGUAUUGUGUCCAGGAGGGAGCCUCAAAGUGGAGCUGGGGACCGAGCUCAGCAGCAGCUCUGAGUCUUCCUUCAGCUUGCCCUCUGCACUGACUGUUCAUGCUGCAGUUUUUGUUCAGACAAGACUACAUUCAUGUUCAUGCAGGACUGUACCCUGCUAUGUGUGUGGAAGGGAGCAUUCAUCUUAAAACAUUAGGUUAUAGAACUCUGCUCAAAAAGUGUUUGGUUAUAGGAUAUGCUGUUUAUAGCCAUACCUGCCUGCCUCUUGUGAGGCCUUGUAUCAAGUAGAUAAUAGCCAUCUUUCUUUCUUGCAUGGGUUGUAGGUGGGGAGUGGGUGAGGCACACAGAUUUCUUUAAAAUCCAAGAGCACAACCAAAUCCCUUCCUAACUAGGUUGUUUGGUUGCUGGGGCAGAAUGUGCCGUGAAGAGCAUGAAAAAAGUCUCCAUUUAUGCACCCUGAACAGACACCUCCCCUCUUCCCUCCAUGCAGUGGACACGCCAGACCUCUACAUUUCUGUGGGUCCAGCUCCUACAACGCAGCACCGGGCUGCCUUUCCUGGUCCUGCCAGUCCCCGGGCUGUGCAUUGCUGAGUUAGCUGCUACUCUACAUGAAGUCACAUUAGGCUUUUUCUUACCCUUUCCUGUGGGGCAGCUGUCGAUGGGAAAGGAUGCAACAUAGACUGCUUUACUUCGCUGAAAGUUUGAACUUUCUUAUAUGAUAGGAUGCAGCAAAUUGUAACUCAGUAUAAAGCAGAACCAGAGCUACCUCGAAGUAGUGUUUCCUCAAGCACAAGCUCUCAGGCGUAUGAGACCCUCUGGAGGGCUCUCUUGAGCAUCAGCAAGUUUCAGAAGUGACUGUUUUGUACUCUUCCAGUUCCCUUGUAGCUACAUAUUUUUACCCAUUCCACACUAUAUUUCCAUGACAAAGACUAUAUACCGAAAAGCCACAUUUGACAAGAUUAUAAGCUAGAAGUAGUGUUGAAUAAAGAAAAGCCUAGAACUACAGUGGAAGAAGAGACCUUCACACUCUUCUGAUUAGGUAAAUAAAUUUUCUGGGAAGUGACCUGUUGUAGGGCACAGAUAAUACUUUAAGUACUUUUCACAUAUUGAAGGCACAUCUGUCAAGGCCUUACUGUUGCUUUUCAGUGGCUGACAUGGCUUUGAUAAUGCUUUAAAGUUCCUGCUACAAAGCUUGAAAUAGGGUCUUACUAGUUUUAAAUGUUGGCUGCUGCUGCUUAAAAUGUGAUCCUUUGCAGGGUAUUAAGUUCACAAGCUAAGUUUUCAAAGACAAAAUUUGUUUCAAACUGUGCUUUGUGUCUGUUUGGGAUCAACAUGGUUUUUUUCAAUCAUGGAAUUGACAAAAAAAAAUAAAAGUUAUUUCUACAUCUGU